AAAGUGGUGGUUACAUUCAAAUCCACACAUCAAAUGGUUAGUGGUAGUUGUUAGGGCGGUUCCCAAAGAAAAUCUUCCCUCCGGCAACACCUCCAGCGGCGGAAACCUAAUGGCGUAUUUGUUGAAGAUGAUUCUGGAAUCUGCAAAUCGUUUGAAUUCGAGUGAUUACAGCUCUAAUUCAAGCUCAUCGUCAGAUAUGAACAGCUCGGAUGCAUCGGAUUCAGAUCAGAUUAUUGUGUCAUCUACUGGUGAUUUUGAUCGGAUUCCUCUGGAUGUGUUUAUGCAAAUUCUGAAAUUACUUGGACCUAAAGAGGCUGCUAAGCUUACAGUUAUUUGCAAGUCAUGGAAAUUGAUAGUUUCUGAUAAUAUGCUGUGGAUAUCUUACCUUCAGAAUCAGCAGGAUCCUUGGGACUCUAAGUUCUUUGCGGAAACUAAUUUACGCUCUGGUUAUCCUCUUCGGACGUAUCCUUCUCGGAUGCAAUCGUUUAUGCAGAUUUAUGGUCAACGAGCACAGGUUCCGGGAGCUAUUAUCAUUGAUGGUGGUUCUGGCUAUUGCAAAUUUGGUUGGAGCAAGUAUGAUUCUCCAUCUGGGCGUGCUGCAACAUUUUUGGAAUUUGGAAACAUCGAGUCUCCAAUGUACUCUAGGUUUCGCCAUUUUUUUGCAACUAUAUAUAGCAGGAUGCAGGUGAAAUCAACUUCACAGCCAACUGUUGUCUCAAUUCCAAUAACCCAGUAUGGAAAUACACAAGAGGAUAAAACUGCUAGGAGGAAACUUAAAGAAGCCAUCUACUCAGAAUUGUUUGAUAUGAAUGUUCCUUCAGUCUGCGCAGUUAGCCAGGCAACUUUAGCUUUGUUUGCAGCAAGAAGAACUUCAGGAAUUCUUGUCAAUAUUGGUUUUAAUCAAACAUCUGUUGUACCCAUAUUACACGGUAAGAUAAUGCACCAGGUGGGUGUGGAAGUGUUGGGAGUUGGAGCUUUGAAGCUUACUGGAUACCUUAGGGAGCAAAUGCAUCAGAGAAAUCUUAAUUUCUCUUCAUUAUACACAGUUCGCACAUUGAAAGAGAACCUUUGUUAUGUUGCUAUUGACUACGAAGAAGAAUUAAGGAAGGAUACAGAAGCAUCGUAUGAAGUUCCUGUUGAGGGUUGGUAUACUCUCAAGCAAGAGCGUUUCCGAACAGGAGAGAUUUUGUUCCAGCCACGCAUUGCAGGAUUGAGUGAUAAGGGUUUGCAUCAAGCCGUGGCACUUUGCAUCGAAAAUUGCCAUGACGCCGGAUUAACCCCCGAUGAUUCUUGGUUCACGACUGUUGUCUUGGCUGGAGGCACUGCGUGCUUACCAGGAGUAGUAGAAAGAUUGGAUAAGGAACUACAUCUUCUUCUUCCCCCGGCCAUAUCCAAUGGAAUACGUGUGAUUCCACCUCCAUAUGGUGCAGAUUCUGCAUGGUAUGGGGCUAAACUUCUUAGCAAUUUGAGCACCUUCCCAGAUUCCUGGUGCAUUAAGAAAAAGGAUUUCCGACCUAAGUCCAGAAGAAACUUCUUAUGGUGAACUUAGCCUUGCCUAUUUACGACCAAAUUAGUUACUAUACAUCAUAAGCCAUCGGUAGGUGAUAUCAAGGUCGAGUGUUUAUGUUCCGGAUCUGUGCAGUUUGUGUAAUAAUAAUACGCCUGUUGUGGGCAAAACAACUUUGUAAUAAUAAGCCCUCAAUAGACGAACAAGGUUCAACAUAUGCUAUGAUAGAAUUUGGUGCAACCUCAAAGAUUUCCUUAAUCAUGUAUUUGUUAUUAAGGUUGCUCGUUUUAUCCA